AUGGCUGAAGAAACACCUAUACCUGAGCCCCAGGGCCUACCGCUCAUUGGCAACGUCAAGGAGAUGGACCCCGAUUUCCCAUUGGGAUCGAUGACAUCAAUGGCCGACCGAUUUGGUGAAAUUUACCGAUUGAGGUUCCCUGGCAGGACAGUCGUCCUGGUGUCCACCCAGAAGCUCGUCAACGAGACGUGCGAUGAGAAGCGAUUCAAGAAGUCGGUCAACUCAUCAUUAAAUCAAGUAAGAAACGGUGUUCACGAUGGUUUAUUCACAGCGAAAAUGGGAGAGGAGAACUGGGGGAUCGCCCACAGGAUUUUGAUGCCCGCAUUCGGGCCCCUUUCCAUUCGCAACAUGUUCGACGAGAUGCACGACAUUGCCUCUCAGCUCACCCUCAAAUGGGCCCGUUAUGGCCCCGACACGCCCAUCAUGGUCACUGACGAUUUCACGCGACUGACGCUCGAUACCCUGGCACUAUGCUCUAUGGGCUUCCGUUUCAACAGUUUCUAUUCUCCGGUCUUGCACCCUUUCAUCGAGUCCAUGGGUGAUUUUUUGGUCGAGUGCGGCCACCGCGCGAACAGGCUACCGCUGCCGUCGCUCUUCUACCGCGCCAGGGAUCAAAAGUUUGAUGCUGACAUUAGUGUCCUGCGGACAACCGCCAAGGAGGUCCUCGAGUCGCGUAAAGCCGGCAAGAGUGAUCGUCGUGAUCUGCUGACGGCCAUGCUAGAAGGUGUUGACUCCAAAACUGGCAAGAAAAUGUCAGACGAGAGCAUCAUGGAUAACCUCAUCACGUUCCUGAUCGCCGGCCACGAAACCACGUCUGGUCUCCUGUCAUUUGCCUUCCUCGAGCUGCUGAAGCAUCCAGAGUCCUAUCAGAAGGCUCAGAAAGAAGUCGACGAUGUUUGCGGGAAGGGCACAAUCAAGGUUGAGCACAUGGCAAAACUACCGUAUAUUUCGGCCGUUCUCCGCGAGACUCUUCGUCUCAACGCCACGAUUCCCCUAUUCACGGUCGAGGCCUUCGAAGAUACCCUGCUCGGCGGAAAAUAUCCUGUGAAGCAGGGCGAGACCAUCGUCAACCUGCUUGCCAAGUCUCAGCUCGACCCGCUCGUCUUUGGCGAGACGGCCAACGAUUUUGUCCCUGAGCGCAUGCUUGACGCCGAGUUCGACCGCCUCAACAAGGAGUUCCCCAACUGCUGGAAGCCGUUUGGAAACGGCAUGAGGGCCUGCAUCGGCCGUCCUUUCGCCUGGCAGGAGGCCCUUCUGGUCAUGGCCAUGCUCCUGCAGAACUUCAACUUCAUCCUCGACCCAACCUAUCACAAGCACCUCAAACAGACUCUAACUAUCAAGCCCAAGGAUAUGCACAUGCGCGCCGUCCUCCGCGACGGUCUGACUCCCACGACACUCGAGCGCCGUCUUGCCGGCCUCGCCGUGCAGCCCGAAGCUACGAAGGAGACCGAGGAAAUUCAAGGCUCGAGCGCCACGGGCGAGGGUCUCCCCCUCACCGUCCUCUACGGCUCCAACAGCGGCACGUGCGAGGCGCUCGCUCACCGAGUGGCUUCCGACGCGGCAUCACACGGCUUCCGCGCUACAAAGGUGGACUGUCUCGACAGUGCUAACCAGACGCUGCCGACUGAUCAGCCCGUGGUCAUUGUCACGGCUUCAUACGAAGGCAACCCUCCAGACAACGCCGGCCACUUUGUUGCCUGGGUUGAGGGUAUGAAAAAGGACGAGGCACCUCUGAAGAACGUUAACUACGUCGUCUUUGGCUGCGGCAACCGUGACUGGGUGCAGACAUUCCAUCGUAUUCCGAAGUUGGUCGACACCCAGAUGGAAGCGAUGGGCGGAACCCGUCUUGCGGAAAUGGGUCUCACGGACGUGUCCACGGGCGAGGUUUUUACCGAAUUCGAGACGUGGGAAGAUGACGUCCUCUGGCCCGCUCUGGAAAGCAAGUACAAGACUGAAACUAAGAGCGAUGCGGCGCCGACUCACAAGGUCAAGGGUAUGAACGUUGAGAUCACAAACCCCCGGACCUCGACUCUCCGCCAGGACGUCAAGGAUGCCACUGUUGUCGAUGCGCGAGUCCUCACCCAGGCAGACGGCGAGCAGCAGGAGGUGAAGAAGCACUUGGAAAUCAAGCUGCCCGAGGGUCUGAGCUAUAAGUCUGGCGACUACCUCGCGGUGCUGCCCAUCAACCCCAAGGAAACCGUGCACAGGGCGAUGCGAUGCCUUCAGCUGCCCCGAGACGCUCAUUUGAGCAUCACAACCGAUGGGCCGACCUCACUUCCUGUCAACGAGAGCGUGCCGGCCUAUGACCUGCUGAGUUCCUACGUCGAGCUGGGCCAGCCUGCUACCAAGAGAAACCUUCUCGCGCUUGCUGAGGCUGUCAGUGACGACAAGACCAAGGCAGAGAUCACCCGCCUGUCCGGUGAUGCCUACGCCGAAGAGAUCAGCAGCAAGCGAGUGUCCGUCCUCGACAUUCUCGAGCGUUUCCCCAGCGCGCAGCUGCCCGUUGGUCUGUUCCUAUCAAUGCUGCCUCCCAUGCGUGUGCGACAAAAAACGGCACGAAUGCGUCCGCAGAAGUCCGAUCACGCGCUGACAGCUCGCAGCUCCAUUUCGUCCUCCCCCAUGUGGAACCCGGAGCACGCAACCAUCACCUUCUCCGUGCUCAACGCGCCCUCCCUCUCAGGGUCUGGCCAGCAGUACAUGGGCGUGGCCUCGACGUACCUCGACUCCCUCGCGCCGGGCGACGUGCUUCACGUCGGCAUCCGCACGCCGAGCACGGCCUUCCGCCUGCCCUCGGACGCCGAGAACACGCCCGUCGUCUGCAUCGCCGCGGGCACGGGCCUCGCGCCCUUCCGCGCCUUCGCCCAGGAGCGCGCCAGCAUGAUCGCCGCCGGCCGCCGGCUGGCGCCUGCGCUGCUGUUCUUCGGGUGCCGCUCGCGGGCGCACGACGACCUGUACCGCGACGAGCUGGAGCAGUGGGAGAAGCUCGGCGCCGUGAGCGUCCGGCGGGCAUACAGCCGCGAGGCCGAGGCCAGCGAGGGGUGCAGGCACGUGCAGGAUCGCAUGUGGCAUGACCGGGACGAGAUUGUGGCGCUCUGGAGGAAGCAGGCCAAGGUUUUUGUCUGUGGCUCCAGGGGGGUGGCCAACUCGGCGAGGGACAUGGCGAUCAAGCUGAGGAUGGAAAUGGACAAGCAAAAGGGUGCCGAGGUGGAUGAAAAGAGCGCCGCGGAGUGGAUUGAGUCGUUGAGGAACGUGCGAUAUGUUAUGGAUGUCUUUGACUGA